AGUUUUCAGAAAGAAAGAAAAAAGAAAAAAAAAAUUAACAAAGAGAUAGCAGCUUUACACAAUUAUUGGUUGACAUUUGAACUACUGCCUCAGCUUUGGAGGAAGAAAGAAGAAUACAGAGUUCGCUGUAUUAUUCAAAAGGGUUUUUCGUUUUGCAGAUUAUACUACUUUCUGAUGGGAGGAAAAAGCUCGAAAGAUUGGAGUGAGAGACAGUUUUCGCACAGCGGAUCAACUGCUUCUUCUUCAUGGAACCAACAUGGCUACUCAGAACCACACCCUCCACAAAACCUGUAUCAUACAGUACCACAGCAUCGGUACACUCCUUCGCCAUCUUUUAACGGUGUGUCUCGGCCAGUUAGAGUUCCCCAGCAACGACGUAGUUGGCAUAAAAGUUACUCAAGGAUAGCUGAUAAUUACUGUUCCUUGGAUGAGGUUACUUCUGCUCUUGCACAAGCUGGCCUAGAGUCUUCUAAUCUGAUUGUUGGUAUUGACUUCACAAAGAGCAAUGAGUGGACAGGUUCGAUGUCAUUUAAACGAAAAAGCUUGCAUCACAUUGGAAAUACUCAAAAUCCCUACGAACAAGCGAUCUCAAUUAUCGGGAAAACAUUAUCCGUCUUUGAUGAAGAUAACCUAAUUCCAUGCUUUGGAUUUGGAGAUGCAUCUACACGUGAUCAAGAUGUCUUCAGCUUCUAUGAGGAUGAGCAACACUGUAAUGGAUUUGAGGAAGUAUUGACGCGAUACAGAGAUAUCGUUCCCCAUCUUCGACUUGCAGGACCUACUUCUUUUGCCCCCAUUAUUGAGAUGGCGAUGACUAUCGUUGAGCAAAGCGGAGGCCAGUACCAUGUUUUACUGAUCAUUGCCGAUGGGCAGGUGACAAGAAGUGUCAAUACACAACGUGGUCAUCUGAGCUCACAAGAACAAGGGACAGUUGAUGCAAUUGUAAAAGCAAGCGAGUACCCAUUGUCUAUAGUCUUGGUGGGAAUCGGAGAUGGCCCUUGGGACACGAUGAGGGAAUUCGACGACAAUAUUCCUGCUCGAGCAUUUGAUAAUUUUCAGUUUGUGAAUUUUAUGGAAAUCAUGUCGAAGAAUGUGAAUCUAUCCAGAAAGCAGACAGAGUUUUCUCUUGCAGCCUUGAUGGAAAUACCUUCUCAAUACAAAGCAACCCUAGAGCUUGGAAUAUUGGGAGGACGCAGUGGGAAUUGUCCAAAUAGGGUUCCCCUUCCCCCACCCCACAAUGUUGCAGUCUCAGUAGGCAGCAACACGAGGCAGUUCGGCUCGAGCGAUAGUUUUCAGCAGAGGUCGACUCCUUAUGCUGGAUAUAAUACAGGAGGUAGCACACCUUCUCAUACAAGAUAUGCUCGAUAUAAUGCAGAAGCCAGCACACCUCCUUACACAGGAUAUGAUAGUCAGGUUUGCCCUAUUUGUCUUACUAAUCCAAAGGACAUGGCCUUUGGUUGUGGGCACCAGACUUGUUGUGACUGCGGAAAGGACCUUGAAUCGUGCCCGAUUUGCCGGAGCAAUAUCCAAACCAGAAUAAGACUCUACUAGUCAUGUAUUUGAUGGACAUCUCUGAGAUUUGUAAUCUGGAUCAAAUGUUCAGUUGUAUAUACUCCGGGCGUGGCGUCAUCUAUCAGGAGUUUUCUAAUGUAUAGGGUUUGAACCGGAAACUUAUGUGAUGUGCAGGAGCUGACAACCUCAGUUGAUUUGUGUUCUUGCACCUGGAAGCCUCUGUGUGUAUGAACCGAUUGAUUCGCCAUGCUUGAUGGCCUUGUUUAUAUGGGGAACUUCAGGUUUUGUAGUAUGUAUGACGGUAAUUUUGAGAUCCGAAAGAGAUUGAGCGUUUGAUACUUAAUGUUGAAUCUCUGCAAUAUUUUUCCUAAUUAAUGAUUAGAUGACAGUGGUGAGA